UUCCGCAGGGGUGAAGACCGAGACAUGGGACGUGGUGACCGUGGAUUCAGUCGGCGCAUGGAUGAUGAUAGGCGUGGACCCUCAAGAGCAGAUGAAGGAGGUUCUUGGCGAUCAUCAGCACCUCCUCCUACCAGAGAAAGACGUGAUGACCGUGGAGGUGAUCGUAUAGAAAGACGGGAUGAUAAACGUGGUGGUGGAGGCGGAGGCGUAGGAGGCGGAGGCGGAGGGGUAGGCGGAGGCGGAGGCGUAGGAGGCGGAGGCGGAGGCGGUGGAGGUGGAGGUGGAGGUGGAGUCACUGGAGUCAGUGGAGGCGGUGGAGGCAACUCCUGGCGUUCACGUGAGGAAGCACGCAAAGAAGAACCUCGUGAAGAGAAGUCACGUCCACCCCGCGAAGAAGAUGAAGAUGGCUGGACUACUGUGAGGCGUUAGCUCAAAUGAAAUUGCUUUGUCCUUGCAGAGGCUUCAUUGAAGGAUUAUUCAUUGUCUUGAUUAUUAGAUACCAUGUUUGAGAAGUCAAAAUUUAAAGUGAAAUUAAAGGAAAUAAUAGAAGACUGAGGGUUAAUGUCCCAAUUUUUAUUAUUAUUUGUAAUUUUUACAUAAUUUGGUGCUAUCAUGAAUUAAAAGGAUCUGCUAUAAGAAAGAAUAAUCAAGAACCAUAACAUAUUAUAAGAGAAAAACCUCUGUAAAUGAAGCAGAUUCUUGUGUAGAUGCUUUUUAGGUGUGGCGCCUAGUGUCUAAAUUUUAUCAGGAUAAGAAAUACUGCCUUGAUACAAGGUGAAAAAGUGGAAGAAGGAAAUGUUAGAUAACCAAUUUGUAGUUUUGCAAAUAAUGAAAUGAUAGGAUUAAGUGUAAUGCCAUGUUUCUUUUGUAGAAUUUCUCACCUUAUCCCAUACUAUUAAACAGUUUAUGUAGAUUGUCAUUACUAUAAUAUGAGCAAGACUGUUAUAUUACUGGGCUUUUUGUGCAGACUUCCGCUUUAAAAAUGUCAAGAGCGUGUCUUGUACUUUUAAUCAAAUUGUCAUAAAAGAAGAAAUUAUGCCCACACAGUCCUACUUAGCUAUGUUUUCCACUGGAGUGAACUCUUUCUCUUUUGUGAUUUUUUUUAUUGUGUAUCUUGAUAACUUUGAGUAUCUUCAACAGUCUAUAUUACCACCACAUCAUUUAAAGGAUUAGGUAUGUAGUAAUUAAGCGCUGUUUCUUAACCAAGAGAAUAUCACCAGUGAUUGUUACUCGUUUAUGUUGAAUUAAAGGCUGAGUUGUAAUAUAUCAUGACUUGUUUUCCUUGGAUGAGAAGUUAUCUGCUUUGUAGUGGUCAAACUAUUAUCAAUAAAGGUAGUGGUCUCCUA